AUGGCUGGUAUUUCAGCGUUAUACCACCAUGCUGAUCCAGAGUUCAGCGGCCGCUUCACGGUUCCGGUAUUAUGGGACAAGAAGCUGGACACCAUCGUGAACAACGAGUCUUCGGAAAUCAUCCGCAUGCUCUACUCCGAGUUUGACCAUCUCCUUCCACCCGAACUACGGGAGGAGAACAGACCAGGCGGCGGCCUGUAUCCCUCGCAGCUCCGGAGUCAGAUCGAUGACAUCAACGAUUGGGUAUAUCACACCGUGAAUAAUGGCGUCUAUAAGACAGGGUUCGCCACCACCCAGGAAUCUUACGAAGAGAAUCUCUUUCCCUUGUUCAAAUCCCUCGAUCGUUUAGAGGAUAUUCUCGGCCACGGGAAGAAGUACCUGCUCGGGGACCACAUCACGGAAGCCGACGUACGCCUAUACACCACUCUCGUUCGCUUCGAUGUGGCGUACCACCCAGUCUUCCUGUGUAACUUGAAGUCAGUCCGGCACGACUAUCCGCGGCUGAACCUUUGGCUGCGGAGGCUAUACUGGGAUGAAGGCGAUGAGACCAGGGGCGCCUUUACAAGACCACGGAGCCUUAUAUACGAUACUACGGUCCCGGGUACGCUCGGGCUCGACACGGGAUUGUGCACAAGGGGAGGGCCCGCUCAUUGUCCCGGCAGGCCCUACAGUACCCGUUGA